AUGGUUCUCUUAAAAAAUCUUCCUAAGAAGACCCAAGGUCGAAAGAGGAUCGAGAUCAAGAAACUUGAGAACCUUAACAGCAAACAAGUCACCUUCUCCAAGCGCCGCGCUGGUAUAUUCAAGAAGGCUGCGGAACUGAGCGUUUUGUGCGGCGCUGAUGUGGCGGUCAUUGUUUUCUCGACAGCAGGAAAAGUGUUUUGCUAUGGGCACCCUAGCGUGGACACCAUUCUAGAUUGGUAUUGCAGUGGGGUAACUCCUGCUGCAGUGUCUGAUGAUACCGCAGGAGAUAAAAGCCCUAAUAGGGUUCCCGUGGCAGAGUUCAACAAGGAGUACAUGGAGGCUAUUAGGGAGUUGGAGGAACAGAAGAAGAGAGUUGCGGAGGUCAAAGAGGCGGCAAAGAUGAAGAAGGUUGUGAUGGGUGUAGUGGGUGGGUGUGGUGAGAGGUUUUGGUGGGAGGAUGAGAGUGUUGAUUUGGAUGCGUUGGAUGUGCAGGAAGUCGAGCAUUACUUGAUCGCAUUAGAGGAUGUGAGGAAGCAGGUUGCCGCUAGGCUUCAUGAGAUGAAGAUUUUGAAUGGGACGUUGAACCCGGGGGCGCUUCCACCGAUUCCGGCAGUUCAUCGACUUUGUCAUCUCCCAAUGAUGACAAAUGGUUUUAGUGGUCACGGUGGCCAAUUUGGUGGUGGUUAUCAUGGUUUUGGGAUCUAGUUUAGAGUAAUUUUGAUUUUUUCUUUUUUCUUUUUCUCAUUUUUUGUUAAUCAUGUUGUUACGUUUGUGCAAUAAAAUGUUUAUGCUCCUUUCUUUUGAUAGAGCAAUGCCACCUUGUGCUAUAUUCAUAAAAAUUAAUUCUUGUUGGAUGAUUAAUUUUUCUUAGAGCUUUUCGCCAUGUAUAUAUAAGUAAUGCAGAACAAUGAAGCAAAACACUUACCUUUUCAGAUACGUAACCGAAACCAAGUUCUGUAGGUUUGAUGUCAAAUUAGGGUUUGGGGAAGUUCUUACUGCAGAAGUUUGGGGACUUUAUUAUGGUGUUUCUGUUGCUUCGCGAAUGGGGUUUCACCAUGUGCUUGUGGACGUGUGGUUUCUGCUAUUGCUGUUCAGCUUGUCAAUGUUUAGCAUGACAAUAAACAUUAGUUCUCGAUUGCUUUAGUUGUUAGACUCUAAUUUUUUUUUUUUUAGUUGUCUGCUUGUAUUCUAUUAAAGUUCUAGAAGUUAAACUGUUGAAUAGUUUUUCAUGCCACAUUGAGGUCUGAUUACAACUCGAGACCAACCUAUGUUACACUUGUAUA